CUAUUCAAACCGAGAUGAGUUCACAUCCAGUCUCUUUGAAUUAUUGUUAGUCAGAAGCUUACCAAUCCAAACGUCUUCCAUCAUGAAUUUGAGAUUGUGCACCUUGCUUCUCAUCGGUUUGUCCGUUUUGGCAGUUGGAAGUGCUCGACGAUCGAACCAUAAUAAUAAUAAUAAUAAUAAUAAUAAUAACGAAAACAACAAUUUUGAAGUGCAGGCUGCCAAAGAUUCUAAAGACAGUGGCAAAGAUACUAAAAAAACAACUACAACUUCGACAACAAAAAAGCCUAAAGAAGACAACCCUAAAGAUGUCGAUCCAAAAAAGACAUGCACAAACAGCGACGUCUGCAGUUUCGUGAAGAACAUGAUGUCCGUUUACGAAAGUAAAUUGGGUGAAUUACAAGCAAAAGUUGACGCAUUGACUAAAGUGACCGUGACCGCAGCAGAUGCGACUAUUGCGACUACUGAAGCCGCAACCACUCCAGCAGCCGCCUAAAUAAACACAAACAACACAAAACAAAUACGCAGCCUAAAUGAUGUAUAAAUUUUAACUAAACGACAUUAAAUAUUAUUUUUUUCCUCUUAUUGGCUACCUUUUGUUAUAGAUAAUAAUAUAAAAUUAUUGUGAAAAUGUGUCAAUUUUAUAAAAUCCAAAAUCCUUUUAUUAAAAUAAAAAUUUAUAAUUUAUAAUAAUUAAU